GUUACGUUCGGGGCAACGGCUACGGCAGUGGAGAAGUAAGAAGAGAAACAACGUCCGGCGUUUCCGCCUCCGCUUAGGAGGAGGAGGAACUGGUAGGGAAAAAGAAACUGAUUCGCCCUGGGCCUGUACUACCCCGAGUCAGGCCGGUGGGGGUCCGUGCUAUGAGCCUUUGAGGGUCGCUUGGGACGCGGAGCGAGACACGAGAGCCCAGAGCUAUGUCUCAGCCGCCGCCACCUCCUCCGCUGCCGCCGCCACCACCUCCUCCAGAGGCUCCGCAGACUCCGCCGCCUCUGGCGGCGACGGCAGCGGCCGCCCCGGGGGGGCUCUCGAAGCGGAGAGACCGGAGAAUCCUCUCCGGGAGCUGCCCGGAUCCGAAGUGCCAGGCGCGCCUGUUCUUCCCGGCCUCGGGUUCAGUCAGCAUCGAGUGCACCGAGUGCGGACAGCGGCACGAGCAGCAACAGCUGCUGGGGGUGGAGGAGGUGACUGACCCCGACGUAGUGCUACACAACCUGCUGCGGAACGCCCUGCUCGGGGUGACAGGGGCACCCAAGAAGAACACGGAACUGGUAAAGGUGAUGGGCCUGUCCAACUACCAUUGCAAAUUGCUGUCGCCCAUAUUAGCUCGCUAUGGAAUGGACAAACAGACUGGCCGAGCUAAGCUGCUCCGGGACAUGAACCAGGGUGAACUCUUCGAUUGCGCCUUAUUGGGUGACCGCGCUUUCCUCAUCGAGCCCGAGCACGUUAACACGGUGGGCUAUGGCAAAGACCGCUCUGGAAGUCUCCUGUAUCUGCAUGACACUCUGGAGGACAUUAAGCGGGCCAAUAAAAGCCAAGAGUGCCUCAUUCCGGUGCAUGUGGACGGAGAUGGGCACUGCCUGGUGCAUGCUGUGUCCCGGGCUUUAGUAGGCAGGGAGCUCUUCUGGCAUGCCCUGAGAGAGAAUCUUAAACAGCACUUUCAGCAGCACUUGGCCCGAUAUCAGGCCCUGUUCCAUGACUUCAUUGAUGCUGCCGAGUGGGAGGACAUUAUCAAUGAGUGUGACCCUCUGUUUGUACCACCGGAAGGCGUUCCUCUGGGCCUGAGGAACAUCCACAUCUUUGGCCUUGCCAACGUGUUACAUCGUCCAAUUAUUUUGUUAGAUUCUCUCAGUGGCAUGAGAAGCUCUGGUGAUUAUUCAGCCACCUUUCUGCCUGGGCUCAUCCCAGCGGAGAAAUGCACUGGGAGAGAUGGUCAUCUGAACAAGCCAAUCUGCAUUGCAUGGAGUAGCUCCGGUAGAAACCAUUAUAUCCCCUUGGUCGGCAUAAAAGGAGCUGCUUUACCCAAAUUGCCUCUGAAUUUGCUUCCUAAAGCAUGGGGUGUGCCUCAGGAUCUUAUUAGAAAGUACAUCAAACUUGAGGAUGAUGGUGGGUGUGUUAUUGGAGGUGACAGAAGUUUGCAAGAUAAGUACCUACUUAGGCUUGUGGCUGCUAUGGAAGAAGUCUUUAUGGACAAACAUGGUAUCCAUCCUAGUUUGGUUGCUGAUGUUCAUCAGUAUUUCUACAGGAGGACUGGGGUGAUAGGGGUUCAACCCGAAGAAGUCACAGCAGCUGCUAAGAAAGCAGUAGUGGAUAAUCGUCUUCACAAAUGUUUGCUCUGUGGUGCCCUAUCUGAGCUUCAUGUUCCUCCAGAGUGGUUGGCUCCCGGAGGGAAAUUGUAUAAUCUGGCAAAAAGUACUCAUGGACAGCUGAGGCCUGACAAAAAUUAUAACUUUCCCUUGAACAAUUUGAUUUGCUCUUAUGAUUCAUUGAAAGAUGUUUUGGUACCGGACUAUGGAUUGAGCAACCUAACGGCUUGUAAUUGGUGCCAUGGCACAUCUGUGCGAAGAGUCAGAGGAGAUGGUUCUAUUGUGUAUUUGGAUGGGGACAGAACUAAUUCUAGGUCCACUGGUGGCAAAUGUGGCUGUGGAUUCAAACACUUUUGGGAUGGUAAAGAGUAUGACAAUCUUCCAGAAGCUUUUCCUAUUACAUUGGAAUGGAGUGGACGAGUGGUCCGAGAAACUGUGUAUUGGUUCCAGUAUGAAAGUGAUUCAUCUUUGAAUAGUAAUGUUUAUGAUGUUGCAAUGAAACUUGUUACGAAGCACUUUCCAGGGGAAUUUGGGAGUGAAAUCUUAGUUCAAAAAGUUGUCCAUACUAUAUUGCAUCAGACUGCCAAAAAGAAUCCUGAUGAUUAUACGCCUGUAAAUAUAGAUGGUGCUCAUGCCCAAAGAAUUGGAGAUGUACAAGGACAAGAGUCAGAGUCUCACCUCCCAACUAAAAUUAUUCUUACUGGACAGAAAACAAAAACUUUGCACAAAGAGGAGCUAAAUAUGAGUAAAACUGAAAGAACUAUUCAACAAAAUAUUACGGAACAGGCUUCUUUAAUGCAGAAACGGAAAACUGAGAAGUUGAAACAAGAACAGAAAGGUCAGUCCAGGACUGUUUCUCCUAGUACCAUUCGUGACGGUCCAUCUUCUGCACCUGCAACACCUACCAAGGCUCCCUAUUCACCAACAACUUCUAAGGAGAAGAAAAUCCGCAUAACAACAAAUGAUGGCCGUCAGUCCAUGGUUACCCUAAAGUCUUCUACAACCUAUUUUGAACUUCAGGAAAGUAUAGCCAGAGAAUUCAACAUUCCUCCAUAUUUGCAAUGCAUUCGAUAUGGGUUUCCUCCUAAAGAACUAAUGCCACCCCAGCCAGGAAUGGAAAAGGAACCAGUACCUUUACAGCAUGGUGAUAGAAUUACAAUCGAGAUUCUAAAAAGUAAAGCGGAGGCUGGUCAGACUGUUGCAGCACACUCAGCCCACACUGUGAAACAAGAAGAGAUUGCUGUUACUAGCAAAUCUAAGGAACUUCAGGAACAAGUUGACAAAGAAAUGUACUCCUUGUGUCUCUUAGCAACAUUAAUGGGAGAAGAUGUAUGGUCUUAUGCAAAAGGACUUCCUCACAUGUUCCAACAUGGUGGUGUAUUCUACAAUAUUAUGAAGAAAACCAUGGGUAUGGCUGAUGGGAAGCAUUGUACUUUUCCACAUCUACCUGGGAAAACCUUUGUCUACAAUGCUUCUGAAGAUAGACUGGAGUUGUGUGUGGAUGCCGCAGGACAUUUCCCCAUUGGUCCUGAUGUGGAGGAUUUAGUUAAAGAGGCUGUAAGUCAGGUUCGAGCAGAGGCCACUACAAGAAGUAGGGAAUCAAGUCCCUCACAUGGGCUACUAAAACUAGGUAGUGGUGGAGUAGUGAAAAAGAAAUCGGAGCAGCUCCAUAAUGUAACUGCCUUUCAGGGAAAAGGGCAUUCUCUAGGAACUGCAUCCAGUAACCCACAUCUUGAUCUAAGAUCUAGGGAAACUCCAGUUGUGAGAAAGCAUAGUACAGGGACAGACUUUAGUAACAGUUCCACUAAAACAGAGCCUUCUGUAUUCACAGCUGCUCCUAGUAACAGUGAGCUUAUUCGAAUAGCUCCUGGAGUAGUAACAAUGAGAGAUAGCAGGCAGCUUGAUCCUGAUUUGGUAGAGGCUCAGCGAAAGAAAUUGCAGGAAAUGGUAUCUUCUAUUCAGGCUUCAAUGGACAAGCACUUGCGGGAUCAAAGUACAGAGCAGUCGCUGUCUGAUCUUCCUCAAAGGAAAGAAGUCAUGAGUUCUGCGAAAUCUGGGGCUCUUCAGACUGGCUUGUCUGACUCUUUUUCUUUAACUGGUGGCACUGAAAAUUUGAAUACAGAAACAACUGAUAGGAGUGUGGCAGAUGCCUUGGGAGCAGCAUUUGCCACAAGGUCAAAAGCACAAAAAGGAAAUUCAGUGGAGGAGCCCGAAGAGAUGGAUAGUCAAGAUGCGGAUAUGACUAACACAACUGAGCCAAUGGAUCACUCUUGAUUUAAUUAGAUGCUAAUAAGGGCAGAAUGUUUGUUGUGAAUAUUUAAUAUUUGUUGGCUGGGCCACAUAACUUGAUUAGUCAUUAAAAAUCUUGUACGUAUAUUUCAAAGAUUAUAUCUUGUUAUUCAGUGCAUGAUAGCAAGUGUGUGAUUGGCAAUAGCUCUUAAUAUACUGCUGCCCAAACUGGCUCUGAGUUACCUAUAAGUUAGAUAUUAGAUCUGCUCAGAUGUGCUUCUUCCAUUUAUGUGGUUCAUUGGAUAUUCUUUGUAUUUUCAGUUUCAUGAAAGUCUUAAUGUUUCAAACAUGAAAAUUCUCUUUGCUAAAUAUGUUUGUUAUCUGAAAGGCUCGAACAUGGGAAGGGGCUGGGGACUGAGGUUUUACUAAUGUUGAUGUCAUCAAGUUAAACAUCUAUUUAUUAGUGUGUCAAACAUUUUUAUGUAAAUUUGGAGGUUAUUGAACUAGAUUAUAUCUUAAAAUUUAUAAAAUGAUUUGUUAGGCUCUAUUGGGAUCCUGACAUUUCUGUGAACAUAAACACAUUCAUAGAGAUAAGUAUUCUUGAUAAAACUAUCUUGAGACUCGAGUGUAAUGAUAAAUAUUUUGCUGUUUUGAGCAAGGUUAGGGAGAGAAAGUAUAUUCUAGAAUGGAUAAAGUCAAUGUGAUUCAGUUAUGUUGCUUCCUGAGCCAACACAGCAAAUUGUGUGCUCUGUUGUUAGUAAUAUGUUACCAUUGUUAAUUUGAACCUUGACGUGGUCAAGUAACACCAUUGGAUUUUUAAUCUUGAACUGUUGAUUGCAAAGGGUUGUAGAAAAUACAAAAAUAGUAACAGUAGUUAAUGAUCUCUAAUUUCCAGAAUUUGUCAGAUUCACAGAGAAUUUAUAAAUUAGAAUUUAUCUUUAUGAAUGAGUUACACUAAUCUACAAUUUUGAUCAAUCAAAUUUAAGCUUGAAUAUACUAUCUUUGAGCCCCUUUGAACCAAAAUUGUUUCCUUUUCUUAGAGCUCAUAAAAUUUUCUUUCUGUGUUGGCGUCACUCUGCUUUGGGAUGCAGAUUGUGCUGCAUCAUACCGUGAUCGACAUGGCAUUUGCUGAAAUAGUGUACUCAUCAAAUCUGUCGUGCCAGCUUCCUUGAGAAGCCCCUCUCAUGCUGAUUCCGUAGAGACAAAGAAUGUUAUACUGAGAUUAGUAUUGCACUAUUUUAUCCUAGUCUACAAUUCUGUAUUCUGAAAUGUACAUUUGAAUCUAUCUUUUCCCUCUGUUCACCCAAUUAAGUUGAAUUUGAAUGAAUGAAAGACAAUGUAUGUUAAUACAAUCUCUUACCUAGAGCAUUCAAAGCCUGGCUGUUUCUGUUUGCACAUGGAACAUGUAAAACUAGAUUUGCAUUAUGAGAAAAUAUACAUCAGAAAGUAUAUUAUCAGGUGUUUAAAAUUUUCUACCUGUUGAUUCAUAAGGAAUAUAAACAGCAUUUUAGCUUGUUUCCAAAUAAGGUAGGCUUUAAAGGAUCUUCUUACUCUGAAUUGGCUUAUUAAAUGAACGACUCCAUUUUGAUUAGAGAGAGAGGGAGCAUUUUGACAUUUACAAGUAAUAGCUGAGCAAGAUAAAUAUUUGGGUCAAUUUUGUCACAUACUUUAAAGAAUUACCAUGUUUUAUCACCAUUCUACUUCUGAACUUACUUCCAAGUAUCUUUUUUCUUUAUCAGAAUAGCAAGAAAAUUUAGAAUAUUCAUAUUUUGCCAUUACUAUUGCUUAAAAUGAGAGAUGUAGCUACUGAAUAAUAUUUCCCACUUAGCUAGUAGUGGAGGCUUCUGUGUAGAUUAAACUAAAAAUUAUUGCAAAUGUCACUAACCACUAUAAUUAUUUUUUACUUUUUAACCACUGAAACAUCGUGUGUUUUUUUUCCGUUUAAAUGCAGGCAUACUGUUUAACAAGCUAAUGCACUGCUUUCUAGUAAAUGAUAAUUACUUGUUUUUCAGCAAAUAUUUUCAUCAUCUGUGACUUGCUAUACUUAAUAAUUGAUAUGUAUAGUGCCAUAGCAUAAAGUAGUAAGAAAUCAGAAAUAACUCUUAUCCCCCUCCCCAUUACAUUAAAUACUUAAAUUUAGUGUAAAUUAGAAUACAUAUGCAAAAGUUAGAAGAUGGGCUUAAUCUCCAACAACACCUGAGUAAUUUCUCUAGCCACAGCAAUGCCAUUUAGAAGCCAGCUAGGUAUUAAUUUUACCACAACAGCUUGGUUCCUCCUUGAUAAAGAAUAAAAGGCUUGGUUCUGAGGAAUUAUCACAUUCCUUGAAAUGUAGGCCCAGGUAUCAUCUUUACAAAGGCAUGUUAGAGCAGUUUCUUUAAAUUUUAAAUAUGACAUUUUGUUCUCUCAUAUUGUUGCCACAAUCAAGCACUUUGCUAUAGAAUGUCUAGUCUUACCAUUUAUUAUGUCAUUACACCCUUGAAUCCAAACCAGAGAUUUUAAAAUGGUUAAAAUAUUUUUAACCUUAGAAGUUAAUAUCACCUCUAUAGUCCUGUAAUUAAAUGCUAUCUACAGUGUUCCACCCUAGUUGAAAUAAAACCGUAGUGGUUUUCUUCAGUCGUCUGUUUCAUAGCUUAUCACACCAAGCAUGCAUUGACUCAACAUCCAGGCGUAAUUGAAGGGGUGUUUGUCAUCAGGAACUAGUUACAAUCACAGAAAAUAUGAUACUGCCGAAUAGUAUAUGAUAAGAUAGAACGAACUUCAAAGAAUGUUUAUAUGGUUUUUCUGGAACUAGGGAAAGAGCAAGUCUAAAUCCCUUCCCCACUUUCUCCUUUUCCCUGUUUCAGGUAGUUUAUUAGAAAAUUCUUAGGAUGAAGACCUCAGAAAUUUAGCAAGUGCUAUUGACUGUGAAAUUUGCUUUGUAUAUCUCCUUAUGAAUUUUUAGUUUACUUUUUCUAACCAAGCCUACUGCUCGCAGUUAAGAUAUCAGUCUGAAAGGCAUCUGUGAUUCCCAGGCACUGGUCUAUAUUCUCAUUAUUUUAAAAUAUCCAACUUAACUGGAGAUUAGCAGUGAUUUUUACGUAUGGUUUUCACCUCAGGGAAGAUCACUUACUUGCUACUCAUUAGUCAUAAUGAGUCAAAACUGUUGACAGGAUUUUGAGACUCUUACAGACAUAACACUUGUUAGCUAUUAAAUAUGAAACUUAUAACAGUAUUAUUUUUUGUAGUUAGCUCCAAAUACUGGCUGCUAGGGAAAGUUUCUCUAAAAAUCUUACUAGUAGAUAACCUUUAGGCAUUAAUCAAAUAAAACCUUUGUGUAAGUUAGCUUCUCAUUAGUUAUAUUUCAGCUGAUCAGCAUAUUGACAAUAUCAUAAUAUGUUUAUUUCAAAAUACUAAUACUGACUUUGUUUUUCAACAGUAAUUUUACUUGUUCUGUACAUCAGAGCAGAUUUUGAGGUUUUCAUGGAUCUCAAAGCAAGGUUUCCACUUAAGCCUUUGUAAAAUUAGAUUAAACUCAAGACAUCCUAUCUGAAGUUAAAAUGACCUUGUGUCACAUUAGUGAGUGAGACCACACUUUAGGUAAGAUGAGUAGAAACAGCCUUCAUUUCAGAGUUCUCAUAUAACCAAACCAAAUGAAGCAACCUCAAGACUGUGCACAAUUAAUAAGAAAUUUAAGUUUCAAACCAGACCAUUUAUAAACAUAUCAUAGUAGAAUGUAUACGUAGGUAAUCAAAUAACAAAGGGGAGCGCUAUCACCAAUGUACGAUUUAUAGGGGUAAUUCCAGGGAGGGCCUACCAUUCUUGAAAAUUCUUUGAGAUGCUGAAGUGUUUCAGUUCAUUUUUAAUGAUACUUAAAUCAUGGGAGUUUUAACGUUUGUUCCAAAAUAGCAGAAAUUAUAAAAAUUGUAAUUAUUGAAGAAAAUGCCAUACUUGUAUAUCUAACAUUUAAUUUUUUUAAAUUAUGGAGUCCACAUGCUUUUGUAGUAUAUUAACAAUGAUUAUCCUCUUGUAAAGGAAAAGGAAAAACUAGUAAAAAAAAGUUUUAGUUGAUGUUAUCUGCUUGUGAGUAUCAAUUACUUAGUACUUUAAAUAAGAUAUUGCAUAAUGUUCUUUUAGAAUGCAGAAGUCCCUUCCUGAGCCUCUUAUGCCUGUGGUGGAGCAAUAAAGACUGACAAAAGUAUCAAUAGCUUCAGGCUUAUUUGGCUAAGAAAUAGUGCCAAGACCUAAAAAGCUUACUUUUUGGAAGGAACUCCCAUUCAGAAUAUGUAAAAAUAAGUGGUAAGAGUGUAAAUAUUUAGAAAGAAUAAGUAGUACUUUAAUUGCUCAAUGAAAGUAAAAUAGCAUAGAUGUUAUAUUAUCUCUGAGGCACUGGCUGUUACUCAUUUUCUGAUUUGUGAUUGUUGUAUAUAUUAUAUUUGAAUGAUAAAUCAUUGGUAAGAGUGUAUAGUGUUCUAAGCACACCUCACUGUACAGUAUUUGGAAGUUUUAUAUCAAUAAUAAAAUUAUAAGUUAAUACAUA